UUUUUUGGUUCUUCUGUGCUUCUUCCCCCUCCCCCUAUCGCCGGGAACUGGGGCUACGACUGCACACGCGCCACGUCUCGCUCGCACCCCUCCCCCCUCGCCGCCGAUGAGCUGCCGCGCGGCUCCAUGGGGCCGCCCGUCGGCCCCCCGCGGCCGGCCCUUCCCCGCCUCGGCGCGCCUGCACAGCCCAUUCGGGGGUAUGAAUUCGUGGAAGAAUCCAGUUCUCAAAAACUCGUGGAGAAUCGGUGAUGUCCCGGCGAUGUUUGGGCUGCCGUCUGGACUGUUCAGAUGCAUGGCUUCAAAUGGCUCCGGGGAUGCUGGGUUUUCUCGUCCUCAAUCAAUUGAUGAAGCACCGAUGCCGCUGUACCCCUGGCCAGACAAGCAGCGGCCACGGGUAUGCAUUUUGGGUGGUGGAUUUGGUGGGCUGUAUACUGCUCUGAGACUAGAAUCUCUUGUAUGGCCUGGUAAUAACAAGCCUCAGGUGAUGCUUGUUGAUCAAUCUGACAGAUUUGUAUUUAAGCCCAUGCUAUACGAGCUCUUAUCAGGAGAGGUGGAUGUCUGGGAAAUAGCUCCGUAUUUUACGGAGUUACUGAAGAACACCAGUGUUCAAUUUGUGAAGGAUAGUGUAAAGCUUCUUCGCCCUUCUGAUCACUUAAGAAGGGAGCCUGGAGUGUCAUGCACUGGCGGAAUUGUUCAUCUUGAAAGUGGCACCGUUGUUGAAUAUGAUUGGCUCGUUCUAGCUCUAGGGGCUGAAGCUAAGAUUGACGUCGUUCCAGGAUCUGCCGAGUAUGCACUUCCUUUCACAACUUUGGAACAUGCUUUGAAAGUUGAAAGUGAAUUGAAAAUGUUAGAAAGGGGAAGGUUUGGUAAGAAGUCCCCACCUAUUCAGGUGGCCAUUGUGGGACUGGGUUACUCUGGUGUUGAGCUAGCUGCCACUAUCUCUGAGAGAUUAAAGAACACAGGGACUGUCAAAGCAAUCAAUUUUCAAACAACCAUCUGUCCUAACGCACCACCAGGAAAUCGUGAAGCUGCUCUGAAGGUUCUCGAGUCUCAAAAUCUUCAACUUUUCUUGGGAUAUUCGGUGAACUGCAUCAGAGAGGUUUAUGCAUCUGAGGAUUCAGGUAGCAUGGUUGCAGAUGCAAAAGAAGCUGGUGGUGGCGAUAAGAAACUAGUUUUGGAACUUCAAGCCGCUCAAAGAGGCCUCCAGAGCCAGGUUCUGGAGGCUGAUCUGGUACUAUGGACGGUGGGCUCACAAUCUCAGAUUCUUCGGCUACAACCUCCUGAUGCCCCAUACGUUAUUCCUUUGAAUGGCCGGGGGCAAGUGGAGACAGAGGAAACCCUUCAAGUAAAGGGCCACCCCCGAACAUUUGCAAUUGGUGAUUCAGCAGCUCUAAGAGACCCAUCAGGAAAAUUUCUCCCAGCCAACGCACAGGUUGCUUUUCAGCAAGCAGAUUUCGCUGGAUGGAAUCUCUGGGCGGCAAUCAAUGACCGGCCCCUUCUGCCGUUCAGGUUUCAAAACCUUGGUGAGAUGAUGACGCUGGGUAGAAAUGAUGCUGCGAUAACAGCAAAUUUCAUCGAGGGACUGACCUUGGAAGGACCUAUAGGGCAUGCUGCUAGGAAGCUCGUGUACUGCCUCAGGAUGCCCACUGAUGAGCACCGGGUGAAGGUUGGAAUCAGUUGGUUCGCAAAGGGCGCUGUCGAUUCGCUUGCCUCUCUGCAGACUGCAGUGGCCAGCGCACUUUCCCCGCCCACCACUCCCACCACCGCUCCCCCCACCGCCGCCGACGCCGCCACCAACCGCUGCGCCAUGGAUCCCGACUCCGAGGUCGCCUUCGACUUCCCGCCCUACCUCUGCCAGUACAAGAGCGGCCGCGUGCACCGCCCGGGCGGCGACGCCAUCGCCCCCGCCGGCACCGACCCGCUCACCGGCGUCGUCUCCAAGGACAUCCACGCCGGCCCCGCCCGCGCGCGCGUCUACCUCCCGCCCGACGCCUCCGCCGCCGCGGCCCCCGGCAGGCUCCCCGUCGUCGUCUACUUCCACGGCGGCGGCUUCGUGGUCGGCUCCCCGGCCCGCCCCUCCACCCACGCCUACCUCAACGACCUCGUCGCCCGCUCCGGCGCCGUCGGCGUGUCCGUCUACUACCGCCUCGCCCCCGAGCACGCGCUCCCCGCCGCCUACGACGACGGCUGGGCCGCCGUGCGCUGGGUCCUCGCCGGCGGGGACGGCGCCGACCCCUGGCUGCGCGACCACGCCGACCUCUCCCGCGUCUUCCUCUCCGGCUGCAGCGCCGGCGCCAACAUCGCGCACAACAUGGCCGUCCGCGCCGCCGCGCCCGGCGCGGUGCCGGAGGGCGCCGCCGUCCGGGGCCUCAUGGCCGUGCACCCCUACUUCACGGGCAAGGAGCCCGUGGGCGCCGAGGCGGCGUUCGGCCCCGACGUGCGCGAGUUCAUGGACCGCACCUGGCGCUUCGUGUUCCCGGGCUCGCUCGGCCUGGACGACCCCAACGUGAACCCGUUCGUCACCGACGAGGCGCGCGCCGCCGUGGCUGGGAUCCCCUGCGAGCGCGUGCUGGUGUGCGUGGCCGAGGACGACGUCCUGCUCAAGGAGCGCGGCCUGUGGUACGCCCGCGAGCUCAAGGCCAACGGCUACGCCGGCGAGAUCGAGCUGUUCGAGUCCAAGGGCGUCGGCCACGCCUUCCAGUUCGACCAGCUGGGCUCCGGGGAGGGCGUCAAGCUGCAGAAGCGCCUGGUGGAGUUCAUCAAGAAAUGAGCGCCUGGUGGAUGGAUUCGGCAUGGAAAUCGGUUUCCUGGAAAUAAAAGAUUAAACUCGGACAUUUGAUUUGAUUCUUCGGAUAAUCUGUCAAAAGCUUGAGAUGUGAUGCGUGCGUGCAAAGUUGUAUGAUGAUGAUUCGUUGGUGAUUAUAAUAGAGCAUUUUCGAUCUUGCUUGGUCGAUUUGGGCA